AUGUCUUAUCAACAUAACCAACCUCCGUACGGAGGAUACGCACCCCAACAAUACGGGCAGCAAGGCCCUCCUUCAGGGCCUCCGCCCCAGGGCUAUCAGCAGCCCUACGGCGCCCCUCCCCCGCAGGGUCCAUACCCCCCUCAGCAAGGCCAUUACCCCCCGCCUCAACAGGGCCAUUAUCCUCCACCCCAGCAAGGCCACUACGGUGCCCCUCCUCCGCAGGGAGGUCAGUACGGCGCGCCAUCUCCUCAACCCCACGGAUACCAUGCUCCGCCCGGGCAACCUCCAUAUGGCCAGCAGCAGCAUGGCUAUGCUCCUCCCAGCCAACCGCCCGCAGGAUACCCGCCUCACGGCCAACCACCCGUUGGAUACGGCGCACCACAAGCCGGCGGCUUCCCACCCCAGGGUAUUCCGUCACAACCUUCUCCCGGUUACAUCCCUGGUCAAGUAGCACCAGGCGACUAUCGGCCCCAAGCAGAUGCGCUUCGCAAAGCAAUGAAGGGCUUCGGCACAGACGAGAAGGCCCUGAUUGCAGUCCUGUCGCAACUCGACCCCCUCCAGAUGGCCGCUGUCCGUGACACAUAUUCUAAGCACCUCGGCCGUGAUCUGUUCAAGGAUGUCAAGUCCGAGACCGGCGGGUACUUCUGUGAUGGCCUACUUGCCGUGCUGGACGGACCGCUUAUGCAUGAUGUCGAGAGCUUGCACUCGGCAAUCGAUGGCGCUGGCACGAAGGAGUGGCUACUCAACGAGAUCCUCCUCGGCCGCUCCAAUGCCGAUAUGAAUGCUAUCCGAACCGCCUACGAAAUGAGAUAUAGGCGUUCGCUUUCUAAAGAUGUCGAAGGCGAUCUCUCCUUUAAGACGUCCACUCUGUUCGCCAUUGUCCUUCGCGCUGCUCGCACUGAAGAGUCUGUCCCUAUCAACCCGCAAACCAUCGAGACGGAUGUUCGCUCCCUGCAAGGGAAGAACGUCACAGAGGUGUGCUCAAUCUUCGCCAAGGCGUCCAAUGCCGAGCUCCGCGCUAUCAGCCAGACUUUCCAGUCACGCUAUCAUACCCCACUCGAGAAGCAUAUCGAGAAGGAAUUCUCAGGCCAUAUGGAAGAUGCGCUGCUCCUGAUGCUCCGCUCGGCUACAGAUCCUGCUAUGCGUGAUGCUAUCCUACUCGAGGAAUCCAUGAGCGGCAUGGGCACCAAGGAUGAGCGCCUUGUUGUUCGUGUUGUCCGAGCCCACUGGAACCGCAACCACAAGGAGAUGGUUAAGCGCGCUUACCAGCACAAGUACGGGAAGAACUUGAUUGAUCGCGUGCGCGGCGAGACGUCUAGUGAUUACCAGCGUUUGAUGGUUUCCCUUCUUGAGUAA